ACCCCUGGAGCUGAACAAGGACAACGCGCGGCAGUCCUCGUCGUCGUCGUCCUCGGCGUCGUCGGCGGGCGUCGCGGCGCGCUCGCCGCCGGCCAAGAAGCGCGGGCGCUCCCGCCGGAGGACCCUCAUCGCGUGGCUCACCCAGGGGAGGCGCAAAGAGGUCCCCGCCCAGCUCGGCACCCCCAUGUGCUCCAUCCCCGCCGCCACCAACCACUACACCUGCACCAACCUCGACGAGCCCUACAACCCCGUUAGCGAGGUGAGCGAGGCCGUCUACGCGGAGCUGGACCGGGUACCGACGCCAGCCUACCAAAACACGAGCUACUUGGACUCGUGCGACGCCGCCGCCGACCCGGGCGUCCCGACGACCGCGACGCUCCCCAACAACCACAACCACAACUUCUACACCGACAUCAUCCCCGUCCACUACGAGCAAGUCAACAACUACAACGGCGCUGUCUACAGCCGCGGGAACCACGCUGUGCCAUCCGAUUACAUUUGAAAUUCGCCGUCCUCGAUUGGGAAUUAAAACAGAUAAAGCACAAGUGGACCGUAUCAAGCAGAGAGGAACCAAGUCACAUUAGCUGUUGUCAAAUUUGAAUUUUUACACGAAAACUGUUGUACGGAUUUUUAGGCGAAUUUCAGUGAAUUGUCUGCAUAGUACAAAGCAAAUUUCUGCAAAUUUUCAAAAGAAUCCGCGUAAACGUUCUGUUGUAAAAAAUUAAAUUGCCUAGCUAAAUUUGGCUGUGGCUGCUGUGGCUUGGUUUUUUCUGCUAAACGCGGUCCAAGUAGAGGAAGGAAAGAUCUCAGUAAUACAGGGUGAACGAUUAGUUCCGGACCAUCUUUAGAACCCAUAGGGAAACACGCUUUGCCAACCGAUUAUAUUUGAAAUCCAGGGCAUUUAAAAAGAUUAAGUAUAUGGAGAGGGAGGAAAAACCUCAAUAAUACAGGGUGGUCCGUAAGCCUGGGACCACCCCAAUAACCCAUAGGGAGCCGCGUUGUGCCAUCUGGUUACAUUUGGAAUCCGCCGCCCUGAAUGGGAAAUUCAAAUAGAUGAGGCUCACGGAGAGGAGGGGGAAACCUCAGUUUACAGGGUGAUUCAAAAGUACUUCAGUUAUUAAUACUAAAGAUUUCAAUUUUACGAUUAUAAAAACUUGAAUUCGCAUGAAACAUAUGUAAUUUAUCGACCGUGAAUUUUUACUUCAGUGAGCUGAGACUUUCUAUUAUAGUUGAACGAACCCUCUCUUCACUAAACCGAAGCAAAUUUUACAAGUUGGCAAGAAUGUUUUUCCUUCAUUUACAUCCAUCAAAAAUAUCGAUUUUAGGGGAGAUGAAUCAAUUUAUUGUUUAACAUACAUUGAUUUGGAGAAAAACGGUGUCGCCAACUUACAAGAAUCGCCAUCGCACUGAACUGAAGUUCAGCUCUGCUUACUGGAGCGGUCGGUCCCCUGAACCGGAAAAGCCUACUGUACUAUUCAGUUCGUGUAACAGAGGUUUUUCCUUCGCGAAGUUUUAAAGGUGCAAUGACGCAAUGAGGUUGUUUCGUUACAAAAAUAUAGGACUUCUCAAUGUUAUCCUAUUGGUAUUAGAGACAAAAUAUAUAAGAAUGUGGAGUGCGUAA